CUAUACCUGUGGCGGCCUAUUGCUACUGAGCUUUGACAAACUCAAAGUAACAGUCUUGUCCAUUUACCAUCACAACCUUCUUCAGAGAAUAAGGCCAUGCCAUUCAAAGAAAAAACCCUAAACCCUAAAAUCAGACACUAUAAAGUGAGGUCGAGUUGAGCGGCAAAAGCUCGGUGUUCGCCUCCCUCCCAUCUGUUUGCAGCUCAAGCCUACUUCUUUUCUCUCUACUUUCUUCUAAGUCUUAGCGGCCAGAAGCAGAGAUGGCUCCCCCAAGAGGACGAGGUGGCAGUGGUGGUGGGUUCAGGGGAGGCAGAGGUGAUGGAGGAGGCAGAGGCAGAGGUUUUGGAGGAGGAAGAGGAGGUGGGGGUGGAAGGGGUAGUGCCAUAAAAACCAGAGGUGGUGGGGGAAGAGGCCGUGGUGGUGGAAGAGGCCGUGGGGGUGGAGGAAUGAAAGGUGGGAGCAAGGUUGUAGUGGAGCCUCAUAGACAUGAAGGGGUGUUCAUUGCUAAGGGUAAAGAAGAUGCUCUUGUUACUAAGAAUAUGGUUCCUGGUGAAACUGUCUACAAUGAGAAGAAGAUCUCUGUCCAGAAUGAAGAUGGAACUAAAGUUGAAUACAGGGUUUGGAACCCCUUCCGAUCAAAAUUGGCUUCUGCCAUUCUUGGUGGUGUUGAUGAUGUUUGGAUCAAACCUGGUGCUAAAGUUCUUUACCUGGGUGCUGCUUCUGGCACUACUGUUUCUCAUGUAUCUGAUAUUGUUGGCCCUACUGGAGUGGUAUAUGCAGUAGAAUUUUCUCACAGAAGUGGCAGAGACUUAGUUAACAUGGCAAAGAAACGCACCAAUGUUAUUCCCAUCAUUGAAGAUGCCAGGCAUCCUGCCAAGUACCGCAUGCUAGUUGGCAUGGUUGAUGUGAUCUUUUCUGAUGUUGCUCAGCCUGAUCAGGUUUUCUUCUUUUGUAAUAAAGUUCAGAUCAUUCCUUCUAAUGAAUUACAGCCCCGCUGUGGAACAACUAUCACCAUUUUGGAAAAAAAAUUGAAAUCUUGUUUUGAAUUCUUCAAAUGAUUUCCUACUGAAUUAUUUGUUUGUACUGAAUGAACAUGGUUUUUGUGUUUUCUGUUUCUGCCAAGUACUAGCACUAACUCCAUUGACAAUAUCAUAUUUCACUUAUUUCUGUGAUAAUUAACUAUAGUUUCUUCAUGUUUUUAUUGGUUUUUCACUCUAAUUGGCUUCAUUAUUUGAAAAUUUUGGAAGUUUUUUCUUUUUGGCAUCUGGCUGGGACUACUGGGGUAUCGAAUCCCUUUCGAUCCCCAAGCUUUCGUCUCUCAGUGUCAGUGUUGGCCCAGCAAUGUGUUCUCACUGUUGGUUUAUUUCAUUCAAGGCAUUUUAGUUUCUUUCUUAUGAUACUUUCCACAUUGAUUGGAAUUGAAGCGUAUAAGUCCACGCAUAUGAUGAAUUUACUCGGAUUCCCCUUCAAGACUUAAUGGGUGAUGUAAAAUCGAGUUUCUGAUGCUUGCUGAAAUACCAAGCAGCUUUUCCCCGUAUCAUUGACACUGAAAUCCUUUUGAGACUUCUAUUAUUUUCUUUAUUAUUACUUGUUUGUAAUUUUUAAAAUCUAGCAUACGAUGAAGUACUCGGAUUCCCCUUCAAGACAUCAUGGGUGAUGCAAGACCGAGUUUCUGAUGCUUGUAUGAAUCAUAUAAUUU